AUGUUGUUUAUUGUAUUCUUUUAUUUAUUAACUUUAGCUUUUGGUAAAUUACGUAAAGUUCAAUUAUAUGUUGAUUCAAAUUAUCAACCAAUUGAUAAUUAUGGCUUAUAUCCAUAUAAAGAAACAAAUAAUGCUUACUAUUUAUUUUUAAGAAAACAAUCUUAUCAAUUAAUUUAUGAUGAUCAAAAUAAGUAUAUUUAUUAUCAAACAUCGUCUCAAAAGAAGUAUUAUUUUAAAUUACAAAAUAAUAUUUUACAAUUAAAUGCUGGUAAUCCUCAAAAAGUUAAUAUUGGUGGUAAUGGUAGAUUACAAUUUAAUGGUGCUAAUAAAUUAUAUGCUGUUAAGAAUAUUGGUGAUCCAGCUGGUGUUUCAAAGAAAUAUUAUGCUGUUAAAUAUUAUAAUAAUCCUCCAAAAGGUGCAUACAAAGUUAAGUAUGUUUAUGCUAAAUAUAUUUAA